AUGGUGAUGGUGGUUCAAUCGUGUCUUCCUGGCUACUUGUACCUCUCACAUACACGAAGGUGUUACCGUGCCUACGACAGAAGUAAUUCCUACGGCGAGGCAUUGUUGAUCUGUCAGGCUGAAGGCGGCACUCUGGCCAUGCCUCGGGACAACAUUAUCAACGACUUCCUCAUCGAUUUGAAGAACGGCGCAAACAUUGAUGAUUAUUUCUAUAUCGGACUGGACCGGAAGGAUGGAUCAUGGAAUUACGUCGAUGGCGGAGAUCUACGUUACACCGACUGGAGCGUUGGACAGAGGCUUUCAGAUUCCCCAAGCGGCAUAACCCUGUCCCUGAGCUCAAACCCAGUGUGUGAGAGCCAAAAGGAGGACGUUCAGCUGACCUGUAGCGUGGAGUCAGGAACCACACCCGUCACCUACACCUUCAACCGAGGUACUACACAACUGGCGGCAGGCAGUUCCAACAGCCUGACUCUGUCUGAUGUCAACAGAACCCAGGCAGGGACUUACAAUUGUACCGUCAGAAAUGUGCCGGGGGAGGACUAUGCACAGACAAGCACUGCAGAGACUCUAGUGGUGCACUACCUUGAUGACCCCCAGGUGACCCCCAGCAGCUCAGUGACUGCAGUAGAAGGCAAUGACCUGAGGGUUGUGUGUAGUGCAAGAUCCAUCCCAGACUCCCCCACCUUACAGUGGAGUAAAGGAGGCAGCAAUGAAACUGCUGGAGCAACGCUGAGGAAAAACCCGGUCAGUCGCAAUGAUACAGGGACGUACACUUAUCCCCCAGAUAUGACCGUGCGCGCUACUCCUAACCCCGUGAAUGAGACCCAGUCCAUCAGCCUGACCUGCACAGCAGACAGUAACCCUAACGUUACCUCCAUAACGUGGAUGUUUGUGGACACAGGAGAAACUCUUCUACAGCAGACAACAGGAAACUUCCUCACCUACAACAGCAGUUCUAUAAGUCAUGAACAUGCAGGUGUCUACAGGUGUACAGCUGACAACGGUGUAACGGGGUCACCUGUAAGCAAGGACAUCACCAUUAAUGUCAAUUUUAGCCCGAUCUUCAACCACGCCAGAGACAAGUACGUUAUAGGAAGGUCCCGGUCCGUCACACUUGAGUGUUCUGUUUUGGCCUACCCGCAACAGGUAGACUUUACUUGGAGGAAGGGUGAAUAUGACAUCACAGGUAAUACCACCAGCCAGAGCGGAGUCAGCACACUGUACAUAGCAAGUGUUCAGGUUGAACAGUACGGAAACUACACUUGUACCGCCAGCAAUGAGUAUGGACAACGGACAACAGUUAUUCAACUGGUGCCUAAAAACAUACAGGUCCUGUAUGGAACCCUCGCCAUCACAAGUGUUGAGUACACCGAAGGGGUCUGUGAAGGGGAGCUUGCUAACAGGAUAGUAACUCAGCUGGACUCAAUGUUUGACAGCUACGAAGGCUAUGAAGGAUCAGUGGUUACAGGGUGCAGACCUGGUAGCGUCCUUGCUGAUUUUGAGGCUACUUUCGCCGAGUCUGAGGCGGCUGCAGUCCAGACUAUGUACAUAGAGAGCCUAUCAGAUGGACAGCUGGGGGAGUUCACUGUUGAUCCCGAGAGCAGCAUCAUGAGUGACAUCAAACCUCCGGCCGGUGGUGGAGAUUCAACCCUAAUGAUCAUCAUCAUAGCUGCGGCGGCCGGUGGCGUGGUACUGAUAGCUGGGAUUAUUGCAGUCAUAUUUCUCGUCAGAAGACAUACUACCAGUGAUAAUCCAGCAGUCAACCCUCCCAACAGCAUGGAAUUGAGCCACGUGUCAGGUGAAUCGAAUGACGGAUAUCAGAGUCUGAGGAUACCUCACAGACCUCAGUUACCACCGGUACCUGAACCUGAACCAACAUAUGAAGUUGUGAAAAUUCCAUCGGAGUUCCCCCGAAACCAACUUGCCAUCAAAGAGGAAAUUGGGCAGGGGGAGUUUGGAAAGGUCCACAGAGCUGAAGCCUGGAACAUUUUGGACCAGCGGGGCACGACCGUAGUGGCCGUGAAGACAAUGAAAGCUGUGACCAGCCACGCUGCACUGUCUGCUUUCUUCAAGGAACUGUCGAUACUGGAGGUACUCGGAACUCAUCCGAACGUCGUAUCUUACCUGGGUUGCUGCACAGAUAAAGACCCGUUCUACCUGCUCCUUGAGUACGUGUCCGGAGGAGAUCUCCUGUCCACUCUCCACACCAGCCGGACCAACCCGACAUACAGGAACUUAGAGGGCGGAAGUAAGCCCCUCUCGUCACGAGACCUCACCAAGUUCGCCUGGGACGUGGCCAAGGGGAUGAGCUUCUUAUCGUCUAAGAAUAUCCUCCAUCGUGACUUGGCGACCCGUAACGUACUUGUUUCAUCAGACCGGAUCUGUAAGGUGUCCGACUUCGGUCUUUCAAGGGAGGGAGAGGAGUACGAGACGACCUCAGAUGCCCGUCUGCCCAUCCGCUGGAUGGCCCCCGAAUCGCUGUUCCACCGAAAGUACACCACAAAGACUGACGUCUGGGCGUUCGGAGUGCUGCUCUGGGAGAUCGCCACUCUGGGUGCCACCCCAUACCCCAACAUGUCCAUGCGCGAAGUUAUGGACGGAGUGCAGCAGGGAUACAGGAUGGGCAAACCGCUACACUGCGAUGAGGAACUCUACUCCCUGAUGUCGAAAUGCUGGAAUGCUGAUCCCGCCCAAAGACCAGAGUUCCGGAAUAUCCAACGGACUCUGGAUACACUAAUGGAGACCGAACAUGACUACAUUAACUUGGUGAAUCUGGAUGAGAACAUCUACACAAGCCUGCAAACCACCAAGGACGAGAAAUACUGAAUGGAAC